CUUUUUUGUGUGGGCUGCAGGAGACAUCAUGAAUGCUCCAUUUUCGCAGAGGAAGUAGGUUUCUGUGAGAUAUGAUUUCCAUUGUAGCGGCUGUAGCAACUUAUCACCUCAGCACCAAAUACUAUUACUAUUACUCGCAGCACUUCAGCGGCAUUUUGGAAUCAAAACAGGAGGAUUUGUUUUUCUAACAUGAAGCUUUUGGACCAGGACUCAAACUGCAAACGCAAGCUCCACUCGCCCGGUGCUCUUUUGUAUUUAAAUCGGGCGUACCCGGUAGCGUGACUUUCACUUUUCUGUCAGUGUCCAUCUGGAUAAGCUCUUCCUGCUUUAUAAACCUGCAAGUUGUCUCCACGUAUUUACAGAAGGGAACUGCAGUAAAACUGACUGACACAGGUAACAUGGCGAACUGCUGUGGUCUGCUGACUGCCCAGAAGGAACCAGUUCCUCUGAAGAGCGUGGAGGUGGAGCUGGAGGUGAGGGACCAUGUGGCUACAGUGGUCUCCACUCUGAACUAUGAGAACAAGGAGGACAAACCACUAGAGGCUGUUUUCGUCUUCCCUCUGCCUGGAGAUGCUGCUGUCUGUCACUUCAGUGCUAAGAUUGGACAGACGCAGAUUGUAGCUGAGGUGAAGGAGAAACAGGAGGCUCGUCAGAAGUAUGAUGAUGCUUUGAGCUCCGGUCAGCAGGCCUUCCUAUUGGAGGAGAGUGAGCAGAGUCCAGAUAUAUUCUCUCUGAGUGUGGGCAGUCUGCCUCCAGGAGAGAGCGCCUCCAUCAGGCUGGAGUACGUCACUGAGCUGGCUGUGCAGGCUGAUGACGGGCUGAGGUUUUGUCUGCCUGCUGUGCUCAACCCUCGCUACCAACCUCAGGGAAGUGGAGGCAGUGGAGGUGGCAGUGUCCAGGUGACCUCUGUUCCAGCCUCUCUGGUGCCCUACAGUCUGUCUUUCUCUGCCCGAGUGUCCUCUCCUCAUCCUAUCUCUAAAGUAGAGUCCCACUGUUCCCGACCUCUCCAGUACCUCAACACAGAGCAAACCCAGGCCACGGUCAAGUUGGCUGCAGGACACAAGUUUGACAGAGAUGUUGAACUGCUGAUUUAUUACAAAGAUGCCCACCAGCCCACUGCUGUGGUGGAGGCAGGACAGGCCUCUGCCAAGCCUGGCACUCUGAUGGGUGAUCCAGUAGUGAUGCUGAGCCUGUACCCUGAGUUCUCCCAGGCUGUGAUGUCUUCAGUCUCCUCAUGUGGAGAGUUUGUGUUCUUACUGGAUCGAUCUGGCAGUAUGGAUUGUGCUACCAAUAACAGCAAGCAGCAAGAAACUCGCAUUGGCAGUGCCAGGGAUACUCUGCUGCUCCUGUUGAAGAGCUUACCAAUGGGCUGCUAUUUCAACAUCUACAGUUUCGGGUCCAGCUACGAACACAUCUUCAGUAAGAGUGUGGAGUACAGCCAGAAGACCUUGGAAGAGGCUCUGAAGAAAGUUGAACAGAUGGGCGCUGAUCUGGGAGGAACAGAGAUUCUUGAGCCCCUCAAACACAUUUACAGCCAGUCCUGCAUUCCCAGUCAACCUAGACAACUAUUUGUCUUUACUGACGGAGAGGUGGGGAACACCAAAGAAGUUAUAAAUCUGGUGAAGAAGAAUUCAGGUUCCCACAGGUGUUUCUCUUUUGGGAUUGGGGAAGGGGCCAGCUCUGCUCUUAUCAAUGGGUUGGCCAAGGAAGGAGGAGGUCACGCUCAGUUCGUCACAGGGACCGACAGGAUGCAACCCAAAGUGAUGCAGUCGCUGCGAUUUGCUCUGCAGCCAGCUGUGGAGGACAUCUCAGUCACCUGGGAUUUGCCAAAGGGAGUGUCUAUCACUGUCCUCUCUCCACCAAUCACAACAAUUUUCCAGGGUCAAAGGUCACUGGUUUAUGCCCAGCUCACUGGACAGAGUUCAGAGGCAGCAGAGGGCUGUGUGACGGUGAAGUACAGCCUGGCAGGUCAUCCCUCUCAGAACCAGCUCCACUUCAGUCUCAAACCUGCAGAGAACUCUGGAUUAACAGUCCACAGGUUGGCUGCUCGGACUCUGAUUCGCUCCCUGGAGGAGAGAGAGGACAGAGGAGAGCAAGAUGGAGGAGUGAAGAAGAAGGUGGUGGAGCUCAGUGUCCAAUCAGGAGUGAGCAGUUCCUUCACUGCCUUCAUUGCUGUCAACAAAGGCGAUGGCGAGGCGAUUCAAGGACCUCUGGUCCGCAGAGAUGUUCCAACACCCAGACUGCUUCAGUUUUGUCUGCUAGGUUCCCCUAAUCGAUGCACUAAGAUGCCUGUUUCCAGCAGAAUUGUCAGAAACUUUAAGGCUGUUCAGCGUACCUCAACUCAGACCAGUGAAUUUUCUUUAUGUCGGGAUGCAGGCAUUGAGCCCAGGCAGCAUCACAGAGACCCUUUGCUGCAGUUGGUCUCCCUCCAGAAGGCGUCUGGCUGCUGGGUGCUAGAUCCAGCUCUGGCUGCUGCACUGGGAAAGACCAGCGAGGAGGUGGAAAACCUGAAACCUGCAACGGUGAACCAGGAAGUGUGGGCCACUAUUCUGGCUCUGAUCUGGCUUCAUGGUUUCAAGAUGGAUGCUCAGGAAGAGUGGGAGCUUCUGGCUAUGAAGGCUGUGUCAUGGCUCUGUGCUCAGAAUGCACCAUGUGUGACAGAGUGUGUGGAAGCUGGAAAUGCACUGUUGGGUUGCAACGUGCAGAAAGACGCUCUGGGACUCUGAGGUUUUCAUUAAACUGGCUUCUCCUUCAGGAUUUGCUCCAUCCUACAACCUUUACUUUAUCAAUAUUUCACUUUUGCACUAUUCACAUUUAAUUAUGCAGCUGUUUGUUUAGGUCCUCGGAAAUGAAUUGAUUUGUAGAAGUGUGCAAAGGCACAAAAAAGAUGCCAACACAUCUGUUAAAGUGUGAACUUAAAAAAGUGUAAAUUGUGUAAGAAUAUGACAAAGACACUACUACACAUGAUUUGAAAGGGAGUUGGCUAUGUUGUGACGGUUCUAAUUCCAUUUCUUUUUGCAUGAAAAAUACCUGAUCAUAAAAUAUGUUAUUGACAAUGCAUGGAGAUGCCAGGUGAUGUGUAUAUCAAACCCUGUAGUUUACAGUAUUCCUAUAAUAUUCCUAUAAGGAUUCAUUAAGUAACGUAAGGUAGAGUUUGUGAUGUACUUAACAUACUUGUCAUUCUUUUAAAUAAUCACAAUAGUAUUCCUACAGUAUCUAUUGUCAUUAAUAGCAAUUUGUUAUGACUAUUUCACCUACAGUGUUCAUCUUGAACUUGUUCAACCUGUGACAGCCCGUUAUUUGGAGAACCUCAGGAAGGAACACACAAACUGAGUACGCAAAUUAAAUAAAAACCUGGAUACCUACAAA